AUAUAUCACUGAAAAACUCAAUAUUGCAGUGUCAGUUUUUUUCCCCUAAUGUCGUGAAGCCCUAAUAUUUUCUAACAGUGCCUGUGUAGGAUCUGUAAUUCAGUAAAAUGACAGAAUUGCUAGUGAAGAGUGAUUAGAAUUGUUUAUUUUUGCAAGGCACCAUUGUUCAAUUAACUGUAAUGGCAAGAAAUGAAACAGUUCUUAUAAAAGCUCACACCAUUGCACAUGUAUAACUCCAUUGCAUGGUUUUGGGGAACAUUGACUUUAGAGUAGUACUGAAGUGGCUGAAAGUCACAUUUGAGGUUUUAAUUUAGUUUUUAACACAAAAGCACAGAUAUACCAACAGUCAGUUUGCCCAUGAGUACUAUAGCCACUGUAAGCACAAAGCAUGCGUUUAUAUGUUUUACCAACAUUGGCUGAAAAGUAUUUGGAAAAUUAUUUGUUUUUAACUUUAUUGUGAAGGCAACUUCUUUUCUGUAUCUGAUGUUCUAUGUGCUAUUAGUGUGAUGCAGCCAACAUGAACGGUUGUCUUGUGUUGCACACCCUUUCCAACACUGCGACACGAUCGCCCCAGGGAGAAAAGCACCCAUGCUUGAUAUCGUAUGGUUCAUGACCAAUAUGUUUCCAGUACAGGAAAAAUCCCUGAAGAGGCAAAGGCGCUCUCACUUUUGGCCCCCGCCGCCCCAGUGACCAGCCUGAUGAGCGGAGGAGGACUUCUGCCCAUUCCUAGCCCCACUACACUACAGAAUCGAGGUCUUCCUUUAGCUAAUCUGGGGGUCCUGAAGUCUAGUUUGGACACAUCUGUGGCGGCUCUAAAUGCAAUUGCUUCACAGCCUCCGCUCAUGGGAAAUGUAGAUCCCUCUAAAAUUGAUGAGAUCAGGAGGACGGUGUAUGUCGGCAAUUUAAAUUCACAGAGCACCACAGCAGAUCAGCUCCUCAAGUUCUUCAAGCAAGUGGGAGAUGUUAAGUUUGUUAGAAUGGCAGGAGAUGAAACCCAACCUACACGUUUUGCUUUUGUGGAGUUUGCUGAUCAGGAAUCAGUGUCACGAGCGCUUACAUUUAAUGGAGUUAUGUUUGGCGACAGACCACUAAAGAUUAACCACUCCAAUAAUGCCAUAGUGAAGCCUCCAGAGCUCACACCUCAAGCUGCGGCCAAAGAGCUGGAGGAUGUGAUGAAGAAAGUCAGAGAGGCUCAGUCAACCAUCGCUGCUUCUAUCGAGCCAGAUGAUAAAAUUGGUUCAUCCAGUAGAUCUAGACGUUCCAGAAGGUCCAGAUCUCACUCUCGCUCCCCAUCACACUCACGAAGAAAGCGAUCUAGAUCCAGGCACAGGUAGAUUGCACACAUCCGUAAACACACUUACCACG